AAGGGCGAUCUUGGCUCAAAACCACACGUCGCCGUGGUUGGCGCUGGAAUGUCUGGCUUGCGAUGCGCAGAUAUCCUCCUACAGUAUGGCUUCAACGUCACCGUCAUCGAGGCCCGGAACCGCGUUGGAGGCCGUAUGCAUCAGGAGACGCUUCCCAAUGGACACUUGGUAGAUCUCGGCCCCAACUGGAUUCAUGGCACAACAGACAACCCUAUGCUGGACCUUGCCAAGCAGACAAACACGGCAGUUGGCAGUUGGGACACCGGGUCCUACAUAUUUGAUCAAGCUGGCGACCUUUUCAGGAUCGAGGAGGGAGAGGCAUAUUCUACUAUGAUGUGGGACAUCAUCCAAGAAGCCUUCAAGCACUCAAAUAAGUCAUACAAGGACAUUCACCACGACGAGAGUCUGCAUGACUUUUUCCUCGGGAAAUCUGUCGAGAAGAUCCCCGAUACCGAGGAGGACUACGAGAAGAGGCGGAAAAUUCUCAUGCAGAUGUCUGAACUGUGGGGUGCGUUUAUCGGAAGUCCAGUUUUCUCUCAAAGCCUAAAAUACUUCUGGCUGGAGGAGUGCAUUGAGGGAGAAAAUUUGUUCUGCGCGGGAACCUACAAGAAAGUUCUGGAUACCAUCGCAAAGCCAGUUCUAGAGGGUGCUAAGAUCAAAUUCCAGACCAAGGUCGAGAGGAUAUCCUAUCGCAUGGAUCCCGAAGAGAAGGUCAAGAUCCAGGUGGAGGGUGGACAGACGCUGGAAUUCGACGAUGUCGUCGUCACAACUCCCCUCGGAUGGCUAAAACGAAAUCUCGAUGCAUUUGAGCCUGCACUUCCAGCUCGCAUGACCAAGGCGAUCGAAUCUAUUAGCUACGGUUGCCUGGAGAAGGUAUACAUCAGCUUCCCAAGGGCGUUCUGGCUUGCACCCAAGGGCGAAGACAGAAAGGUCCAAGGGUUUGUACAAUGGUUAUCACCCAACUAUGCUCCUGAAUCAAAUCCAGAGCAAUGGAACCAAGAAAUUGUCGAUCUUGCUAGCCUCUCGCCGGAAACCUCACAUCCCACUCUCCUCUUCUAUACCUACGGCGAUCAAUCGGAGUACAUUACCAGCAAAGUAGCGGGACUAGCGAGUAAGGAGAAGGACGGAUUCCUUCUGAACUUCUUCAAGCCCUACUACUCUCGCCUACCUCACUACUCGGAAAGCGAUUCCGACUGCAAGCCGACUGCUUUUUUGGCCACAGACUGGCUCCAUGACGAACUUGCGGGUUUCGGCAGCUACAGCAACUUCCAGGUCGGCUUGGAGAAUGGGGACGAUGAUAUCCGGACGAUGCGAGAGGGUCUGCCGAAUCAAGGCUUGUGGAUGGCAGGAGAGCACACGGCGCCGUUUGUAGGCCUAGGAACCGCCACUGGAGCCUACUGGAGCGGCGAGUCAGUGGGCAGGAGGAUAGCCGAGUCUUAUGGGCGGACGAAGCGGAGGAGUCUCGGACUAGAGAAUCUUUAA